AUGACCUAUCGCCUGCUUGGGCGACUGUUCGUCCGCAAGGGCCAGUGGGAAAAUGCCGAGGAGUACUAUUUCAGAGCAAAGGAAACUCUGGAAGCUCUAGAAUGCAGCCAGACAGUGCAGUAUGCGCAGCUGCUGGUGGAUCUGUUCACCACCACCGGCCGGCAAGAGUUUUUGAACACAGCGAGCGAGCUGUUUCAGAGCUUGAACGCAGUCACCCAUGAAGAUUACCCAAGGGUUCUGAAGCACCUGGGCUCGCUCAAAGUGCAUACAGGACACUACCGCGAAGCCAUAGAAUUCUACGAGCUGGCAGCGCAAUGCUAUGAGCAGCUGAAGCUGGAGAGGAGUCCAGGCUAUGCGGACUUGUAUGCCAAUAUUGGCAAAGCCAAGUGGGCCAUGGGUGACGCGGAUGCCGCAAAGGCAGCCUACGACAAGGCCGACCACAUCUAUGCGGUCAUCGGAGUCACGGAGAGCCCUGGGUACGCAGAUCUUUUGGUAAAUCGCGGCAUGAUGCUGACUGAUCUCGGCGACUUUGCUGCGGCCAUGCGGUUCUACAAUCAGGCUCUUGCCAUCUACCAG